AUGUCGAAAUGGGAUUACCUGGGUCAUGGAAUGUCGGAGGACGGACUCGGUGCGAAGUCAAAUAACUUAGACGCCCUCGCGACACUGAAAUUUCCACGCACCCUUAAUUACUACCAUCGCUUUAUCCCGGACUUUGCGAUCUACGCGACCGCGCUGUAUUCCCUCACCGCCCGCGACUUUGAGGAACGGAUCUUGAACCCUGAGCCGCGCGAUCUGAAAAAGCUCACACCGGAACGCGCUAUUCAUGCGCUCCAGAGCAAGAGCGCGACCACACCCUUAUUGAAACACUUAGACGUGGAUAAGCAGCAGUGUCGGACGCUGAAGCCCAACGAGUUGAACUACAGCAUCGCCGAGAAGGAAAUUGUAACGUUGCUACGCAUGCUGAACGAGUGUCACAAUAUGCUGGUGGGAAGGACGAUUCGCGUCCUAACCAGACACACGACGCUCUGGUCUUCAAGGACGACUUUCUCAACGGACUGCAAUCCUCUCGCCGUGGAGAUUAUAGAUUCUCUGAUCCGCAAAAAGGGAGUAAGAGUUCUUAGCGCGUUGACCGCGAGUAUUACGCUGAGGGGAGGAUAUCGCGCCGCGAAAUUGCCCGGCAAAGACGGCCCCAAUCCUGUUUCCGAAGAUCGGACCGUUCUUUGGACGACCAGCCUGCGUCAAAUGCGAGGGAGGAGCAUUCAGCGCCAUCGUGUGGAAACAGCCGACAUAGAACGACCUGCAUCGGGGUAUGCAGAAGGUUUCGCCGUGAACGAGGCCGAACAUCGGGGUAUGCUGCUCGGUAUAUCGCUGCUGGACGGCUUCAACAUCUCACGACUGGUCAUCAGCGGGGCCUCCAACCUCGUAGUACAGAUACCGCUGAGGCUUUUGAACAGUGCCCUUUAA